ACCCCGUAUACAUCCUCGCAUUCUUUCUCCGCAAACGAGUUCCCAUGCGCAAAUGCGUAUUUAAUUGCAUUCUGAAGCCUCAUGUACAGCUUAAACUUGCAUGGGAGUAGUAUAUAGAUGUAAGUGAAUUAUACAAGCCGCGAAAGAUUAUCCGAAACUCAAUUUUAAGAAAUAUAAAGAAAAAAGGAGCACAGGGAAAUUCCUCCGCCGCAGCGCGCCAUUGACUGUAAAGACCUUUCAACUUAACAAAAACUCAAGUUGACAAACGCAUCCUGUGGCUGAAACCGGGAGAAAGAGUUUAUUUUUUUGCGGGGGAGAGGGGGAAAGAGGACCAUGCCACACGUUGAGAUCUCCGAGGAGCACCACACCGGCGGUGUGACCGACGAGCGACGGCUGUGACCCGGCUGCACCGCGGUGUUUGGAUCUCCAUGUGAGACGCGAGCAGGACUACUGGCUCUCUGGUAGUCGGACCCCGGACCCUAACCCUACCACCAUGGAGCACUACGAGAACGAUCGGGGACUCCGAGCCGCUCAACUGAUGGAUAACCUCUCCUUAUACGAAGCUUAUAAUAAGGAAGGGAUGUACAACGCGAGGAGAGACUUGGUGAUCAACCCGGAUUUGGAUUUCUCGGCUCCGGCGGUCGCGGAACAUAAAAGUAAGCCGAUGAAUGGCACCUCUGUGCCGCUGCACCAGCAGCAUCACACCGUGGAGAAUUACACGUCCGCCAACAAAGUGUACUGCGCGGCUUCCGCGCGUCCCGUCAACGGGAACAACCGACCGGUGCCGGUGGAUUUCUGCGCACCUCAGAGGGAAGCGGUCUACAACGAGGAUAGCUGUUGCACCAAAUCCGAAGUGGCUCUGCCGUGUUACAGCGGCGUCUCGGAGAGGCCCAGGCGAUACUCUCUGGAGGUGCAGGGGCACAGGUACAGCACGGGGAGCAGCGCCUUUGACGGCGUGACUUUGAACAACAAACCCGCCGCCCUACCCGGCAACAGGUGCAACAGCGUCUGCAUCACCACCAGCAGCGCCGGUCACGACGGGCGAUUCAACGCCACCAGCCCGCGGUCCAGCUACGCUUCCUCCCUCUCCUCGCAGGAGCAGAGCAAGCACGCCAGCCCCAGGUCAAGCAUCAGCAGCCCCCGCACGAGUUUGGUGGUCCCCGGGCUGCAGGACAAGUACACCAGUCCCCGGUCCAGCCUGGUCCACUGCGACGGGAGCAAUGUCCUCAGUCCCCGGUCCAGCUAUGCAAGCACAGCCAGCGACACCAGCAAGCACUCCAGUCCCCGGGCCAGCCUCAACAGCUACGACUGCUGUAGUAAGCCGAGUAGUAACCGCACGAGUGGGAUAAGCAUGGGGUACGACCAGAGACACGCCAGCCCCCGGUCGAGCACGGCAAGUCAGUACUCCUUCACUACCAGCCCCAGAUCCAGCUACUCUGACUCUCGGUAUGGGCCCAUCCUCGGCAACCACGACCUCGAGGGGGUGCUUUUGCACGGGCUGUCCGUGGCCAGUCCCCGCUCGAGCAUCUGCAGCCAGGAGGGCGGCAGUGCACGGCCCGGGACGGCGGCGAACUGUGUGGUCAGCCCGCGGUCCAGCAUCUCGAGUCACAGCUCCAGAAGUUCCCGCAGCUCCAGGGGGUCUAUGAGCACCUACCCGGAGCUCCAGCUGCCCUCGCCGCGGUCCUCCAUGCUCUCCUCCAGCCUGCACGAGGACACGCUGCUGCAGGAGUUUGGAGACUCGCGGGGAGACGGGACUAAUGGGAUUCAAACUCGCAUACAUCUCCAGGCGCUCUCGGCGAUGCCCGAGUCGCAACAACAGCAGCAGCAGCAGCAGCAGUCGGCCCAGACGGGGGGGAGUGCAGACUUGACCGCGGGGUCUCCAUCGUCAUUUACAUUUGGGUUGUCGUCGAAAACACCUGCCUCUGGGCAAAGGUUUAAACUGCCCUACCAGGUAACCCCGUGCCGGGAGAGCGGCCCGAGCCUGGCGGAGAAGAGGCUGGAGGCGCUCACCUUGGAGCUGGAGAAGGAAUUGGAGAUGCACAUGAAAAAAGAAUACUUUGGCAUAUGUAUCAAAUGCGGAAAAGGAGUAUAUGGAGCCAGCCAGGCAUGCCAAGCGAUGGGAAACCUUUACCACACAAACUGCUUCACCUGCUGUUCCUGUGGGCGGAGGCUGAGAGGGAAGGCCUUCUACAACGUCAACGGGAAGGUCUACUGUGAGGAAGACUUCCUGUACUCUGGAUUCCAGCAAACGGCGGAGAAGUGCUUUGUGUGCGGUCACCUUAUCAUGGAGAUGAUUCUUCAGGCUCUGGGUAAGUCGUACCACCCGGGCUGUUUCCGCUGUGUGGUGUGUAAGGAGGGGCUGGACGGGGUUCCCUUCACCGUCGACGUGGAGAACAACAUCUACUGUGUCAAGGACUACCACACGGUGUUCGCCCCGAAAUGUGCCUCUUGCAAUCAGCCCAUCCUCCCUGCUCAGGGCUCUGAGGAAACCAUCAGAGUGGUGUCCAUGGACAGAGACUACCAUGUAGCAUGCUACCACUGUGAGGACUGCGGCCUGCAGCUCAACGACGAGGAGGGCCACCGCUGCUACCCCCUGGAGGGCCACCUGCUGUGCCACGCCUGCCACAUCCACAGGCUGCAGACGGGGUCGGGGGGCCCCGGCCACGGCCCCCACGGCUACCCGCUGCACGUCACCGAGCUGUGAGGGGGCCGCCGCCCGGACCACCGCCCGGACGGACCACCGCCCGGACGGACCACCGGGACA